CGGCUGCGCAGUCAAGGCCCUCCCUCCCCCCCGCACCGGCGAGUUCCGCUCCCUUCUGCCUGUGGGGCGGGCGCGCUGAGGAAGAGGCCGAGAGGAGGCGGAGCUAUUGCGUCGCCCCGGCUGAUAUACGGGUGAUGCAAAAUGAGUGUCCCUGACUACAUGCAGUGUGCAGAAGACCAUCAAACUCUACUAGUUGUGGUCCAGCCAGUUGGGAUUGUCCCUGAAGAGAGCUUUUUUAAGAUCUACAAGCGGAUUUCAACCGUGAGUCAGAUCAACGUACGCGACUCUCAGCGCAUCCUUUACAUCCGCUAUAGACAUCAUUACCCACCGGAGAACAAUGAAUGGGGGGAUUUUCAGACGCACCGCAAAGUGGUGGGACUCAUAACCAUCACAGACUGCUCCUCUGCAAAAGACUGGCCUCAGACCUUUGAAAAAUUCCACCUUCAGAAGGAAAUAUAUGGCUCCACACUUUAUGAUUCUCGGCUAUUUGUCUUCGGGCUUCAAGGAGAAAUUGCAGAGCAACCUCGUACAGAUGUGGCAUUUUAUCCUAGUUAUGAUGAAUGUGAAAAUGUAGAAAAGAGGAUUGAAGACUUCAUUGAAUCUCUCUUCAUUGUAUUAGAAUCCAAACGUCUUGACAGAGCCACAGAUAAGUCUGGAGAUAAGAUCCCACUUCUCUGUGUUCCUUUUGAAAAAAAGGAUUUUGUAGGCCUGGAUACAGAUAGUAGACAUUAUAAGAAGCGAUGCCAGGGUCGUAUGCGGAAGCAUGUCGGUGACCUAUGUCUGCAAGCCGGGAUGUUGCAAGAUUCCCUCGUACACUACCACAUGGCAGUGGAACUUCUCCGUUCUGUGAAUGACUUUUUGUGGCUUGGAGCGGCUCUUGAAGGAUUAUGUUCCGCCUCAGUUAUCUAUCAUUAUCCUGGAGGCACAGGUGGUAAAGUUGGUGCAAGAAGAGCACAAGGAAGUUCACUUCCUGCAGAGGCAGGCAACAGGCACAGACCAGGGGCACAAGAAGUUCUUAUUGAUCCAGGAGCCCUCACGUCAAAUGGCAUUAAUGCAGAUACCAGUACUGAAAUAGGACGGGCCAAGAACUGCCUUAGCCCUGAAGACAUCAUAGAUAAAUACAAAGAGGCCAUUUCUUACUACAGCAAGUACAAGAAUGCUGGUGUAAUUGAGUUGGAAGCCUGUGUGAAGGCUGUGAGAGUGUUGGCAAUACAGAAAAGAAGCAUGGAGGCUUCUGAAUUUCUUCAGAAUGCUGUUUAUAUUAAUCUCCGUCAGCUUUCUGAAGAAGAAAAAAUUCAGCGUUAUAGCAUUCUUUCUGAGCUUUAUGAGCGCAUUGGGUUUCACCGCAAAUCUGCUUUCUUCAAGCGUGUGGCAGCAAUGCAGUGUGUGGCACCUAGCAUAACAGAGCCAGGGUGGAGAGCCUGCUAUAAGCUGCUUCUGGAGACCCUUCCUGGUUACAGUCUAUCUCUGGAUCCUAAGGAUUUCAGCAAAGGAACUCACCGUGGCUGGGCUGCUGUGCAGAUGCGUUUGCUUCACGAGUUGGUGUAUGCUUCAAGAAGAAUGGGAAACCCAGCGCUUUCUGUCCGACAUUUGUCUUUUCUCUUGCAAACCAUGCUGGAUUUUCUUUCUGAUCAGGAAAAGAAAGAUGUAACACAAAGUCUAGAAAACUACACCUCAAAAUGCCCUGGGACGAUGGAAUUAAUUACGCUUCCAGAUGGUUUAAAGCUUCCCCCUGUGCCAUUCACUAAACUUCCUAUUGUAAGAUCUGUCAAGCUUUUAAAUCUCCCUGUUAGCCUUCGGCCGCAGAAAAUAAAAAGCUUGGUGGGUCAGAACAUGUCAACAAAGAGUCCCUUUAUAUAUUCUCCAAUCAUUGCUCACAAUCGUGGGGAGGAGCGGAGUAAAAAAAUUGAUUUUCAAUGGGUCCAGGGAGAUGUUUGUGAAGUUCAGCUUAUGGUGUACAAUCCAAUGCCUUUUGAACUCCGUGUAGAAAAUAUGGGCCUUCUGACAAGUGGAGUGGAGUUUGAAUCCCUCCCUGCAGCUCUCUCUUUACCAGCAGAAUCUGGCCUCUAUCCAGUAACACUUGUUGGUGUCCCACAGUCUGCAGGCCAGAUCACUAUCAAUGGUUAUCACACUUCAGUUUUUGGGGUCUUCAGUGACUGUCUUCUGGAUAAGUUACCAGGAAUAAAGACCAAUGGUUGCACAGUGGAAGUCAUUCCAGCUUUACCUAGAUUGCAAAUUAGUACUUCAUUACCAAGGUCUGCUCACAUGCUACAGCCUUCCUCAGGAGAUGAAAUAGCCACCAAUGUGUCUGUCCAGCUCUAUAAUGGAGAGACGCAGCAACUCACCAUUAAGCUGGAAAAUAUUGGAACAGAGCCUUUGGAGAAGCUGGAGGUCACAUCAAAAAUGAUCAACACAAAAGGAAAGCUGUUUGGUGACUUUCUGAGCUGGAAUCUGGAAGACACGCUCUCCCAGUUUCCUCUGAAACCAGGAUACAUUGCUACAUUUAUUGUGUACAUUAAAGUAAAGCUUGACUUCUCCUGCCAGGAAAACCUCCUGCAAGACCUUAAUGAUGAUGGAAUUAGCGUGAGUGGUCUUCCGCUUUCCAGUCCUUUUCGACAAGUGAUAAAACCACGAGUCGAGAACAAACCUAUCAAUCCACCAGAAACCACCAAAGUUGGUGACUUCAGUCAUGUAAAGACGCUGGAAGCCAUCUUGAACUUCAAAUACUCAGGAGGUCCAGGACAUGUCGAUGGCUAUUACAGGAACUUGUCUCUGGGACUUCAUGUAGAUGUGGAGCCGUCUGUCUUCUUUACACGUGUUAGUACUCUGCCUGCAACAAGUACCCGCCAGUGCCAUCUCCUCCUUGAUGUCUUCAACUCAACAGAACAUGAGCUCACAGUUAGUGCAAAGAACAAUGAAGAUCUAGUUUUGCAUGCUGGGGAAUGCCAGCGUAUGGCUAUCCAAGUUGACAAGUUCAACUUUGAGAGCUACCCAGACUCCCCUGGUGAAAGAGCACAAUUUACAAACCCAAAGCAGCUGGAAGAAGAGAGACAGCAAGCAAAAGGUCUGGAGAUCAACAGCAAGUUAGACAUUCUUUGGAAAAUCCCCUCUUUGAAGCGUGAAGGAGAAGCAAGCAUAGAAGGGGUUCUCAAUCAACUGGUCCUAGAGCACUUGCAAUUGGCUCCUCUCCAGUGGGAUGUGUCGGUGGAGGGAAAGCUCUGCGACUGCGAUGUUGUAGCAGAUUGCACAGUCGGGGACACGGUGAAGCUGGAAGUGAAGCUUACCAACUGGAGCAAGCGCAGCGUAGGCCCCUUCUCGCUCACGGUGAUCCCCUACCAAGAUUACCAAAAUGGCGUCCACAACUACGACCUCGAAGAUGGCAUCACUUUCGUUGGAUCCAACACCCUAUAUAUCGAUACGGUUAAGCCAACAGAAAAUUCGGUGUGCAUUGGAGCCCUACUCUUUCUGUACACGGGCGAUUUCUACUUGAACAUCCAGUUCCACGAAGACAACUCCAGCAGGGAGCUUCCCCUCUCGUGGUUUUGCCUGCCCAGCGUUCACAUCCGUGCUGCGCAGCCCGUGAUCCAAACUAAGAUGUAAAUGUACCGUAUAAAAUUGCAUUAGUCGCCAUGCUCAGGAAGGCUGGGCGUUGCCUCCACAUGACCUUAGUUUGUUGCUUUCCAGUCUGAUGUUUUCAUUCAAAUGCAUUCAAAUACUUCCCACAAUUAGCUGGUAGUUACUGGAAGCUCGUUUUGUUGAUUUGAGAAGAAGUGAAUGAGUAUACUAGGGAACACAAUUUUUCCUCAUUUGCGUGUGGUUCUUAUAGAAUAACAUUCCUUUCUCUUUCCCCCAAAGAUCUUACAUUGUUGCUGAAGUGCAGCACUGGGCUUUAGCAAUCAGUUUUUAAGAUGCAGGCUUAAAAUGGAGUAACGGCUAGUAUAUUAAUGCUUGUCUAGAUAGGGGGCACCCAAUACAUUCUUGCAAUGUAGGCAGAAUUCCUAAAGCCACUUCCUUGAAUUUUCAGCAAUAUUAUAGAAACUUUCAAAUAUACCGGAAAUGCAGGCUUGUAAUGCAAACUCCUUUGAGCUGCAAACUCGGGUCUAAUGAGCAGGAUCACAUUUGCAGUACAAAACCCACACCAACUUCAUAAAAAAGUGCUUCAUAUUUCAACCACAGAUCGUGCUGGUUAUUAGGAAGCAGAAAGUAAAUUCCUGUUGGCUUCAUCAUAUGCACAUUGGGAUCUGAAUUAAUUCAAAAUGGUGUUAAUCACAUAUGUUAAAUGGCAGCAUUGCAAGGAUAUCUCUUUUUUUGGUAGAGGAAUUGCUUCUAAGCAAGUGACACAGGUAUUUGCAUGAAGUGUCUCUUUCUCCUCACACCACCUUGUUCCCUAAGUGCGCAUUUUCAUGCAAUGUAGCUUUUGAUCUGGCAUCAACUCACAGUGCUCUGGACUCCUGGGGCAAGAAAUUAGGACUGUGCACUUUUGUUUAGAAGUUGCCUGACUAGUGGGAAACUAGAGACAUCGCCUGCUGAGAAUCCCUGCACUGACCUUCAUUUCAGAAUGGCUGUCUAUCCUUCUAGGAAGCAUUAACCCAAUAGCCCGAGAAGUGACUUUGUGCUUUCUUCAUCGUGUUGCCAGAUGUUUAAUGGCAGGCUUUCUCCUACUCCUUGCCUUGGAUGGCCAGAAAAUAUUGUGCUCUCUCGUCUACUAAUCCUGAUCACUUAUCCUGAUUGCGCCCGAUAACAUUUACGAAUAGCCUAAUAGUUCUGUAUCAUCUUUGCUCUUCCGUUUCUGAACUCUUCCAUAAUACCUGUGAAACAGCACGUGUCGGUUCUGAACUGCAGGUGUAUGCAUUCUCUCCAGAUUGCAGUCCAUUCCGCUGCUGCUCUCUGGCAACAUCUGCUUCCUAAUAGAUGCCACUCUGUGCAAGGUGACUUUUGAAGUCUGUUCCAUUACAGAAAUGUAGGAUCUAACCUCCCCCUUGUUAACUUUAAUGGAUUAUCUGCUUUGGCACUCUCUGUUUGCCUGCUUGCAUGCUCCCGAGUGAGGAAGGGUAACUUUGCAACGCUGAAGAUUGUUAAGUUUCUGGCCAGAAGUACAUUUCCUAAUGCGUUAUUUCACAGAUCUGUAUUCUGAAGGAAGCUGGUGUAACCCCAGCUGUGCUCAAUCUCUGAGCCAUUAACAUAUUAGAUCCCACAAUUGCACUUGCAAUAGAGUUUAAAUGCAGACUGUUUUCCAGGUCUUUCUUCUUUUCUGGAAACAUAGGCAGAUUUCCCCCCUCCAAAUCUGUAAUGGGACAACUUUCACCUGUAAAUCAACUGUAAACCCCAGUUAGAUGAGUUAAACCAUUCUUUGGUUUUAAAACUGUUACAAACCGAGAGCAGAAUUUGGUCCGUUGUGUGUAUAUGCUGAUAUAUGCUGGUGAAACUCAAAUCGUAUGUUACGUUGAACUUGCCAAAUAAAUAUUUGUCCAUCUGCCUCCC